AUGCAUAGACUUGGUGCCAAUUUCAACGAUUAUGAUAGAGACACAUCUCACUGGAAAGGAUAUAAAUCAAGACUUGACUAUGAGAAGCUGAAAAAGACCAAAAGAUUCAUUACAAUAAAACUUCAUAAUUUUUUAAAAUUAAUAGUCUGAUUCAGAGCUUGAACUUGAUGCCUUGGAAUCUUAUUUGCAGCUGUCAAAAGUUGCUUUUGAGUGAUUCUUCGACGAGGCUUAACCAACUGCAAAUAUGGAGUUUGGAUCUUUUUAAAUUUUUGCUGCUUGCUCAUCCAGAAGAGGACAAUAAUCACGUGAUUAUUUGAUUACAUACUUUCUUACACACUAUCCUAG